GUUUUAAACAAAUAACAUCGUUCGUCGGGCGAGCGGGUCUUGGGCGCCGUCAGCCAUUCGGCCUCUGUGACGCGCCAAGUAAGGUUGCGCGCGCUUUUCAAUUUUUAAUCUGUGCAUCGUAAGACAUAGUGUAAAGUUGAAAUAUUUUUUUAAAAAUGUUGAAGUAUACUAUGAAGAAAUAUUGUGCGGAGGGGAGCAAGUUCAACCAAAUUAUUAUUGCGUGCUUGAUGGUCCUACCAGUAUUUUCUUAUGGCACGGCAAUUGGCUGGAUCUCUCCAAUGGGUCCUCGCCUAAUGUCCGAGGACACUCCAGCGGCUGCUCCAGUGCAUCCAGACACCAUAUCCUGGAUGGCAUCAGUAGUCUACCUGGUUGGAACACCCACCGUGUUCCUAUUCGGAUACAUCGUGGACAACUAUGGACGGAAGAAGGCGUUGAUGCUGACUUCAUUUUCUAUGGCUGCAUGCUGGGCUCUCAAACUCUACUCAACGGAGACGUGGGCCCUUAUAACAGCAAGAGCGAUCGUGGGGCUUGGAGUCAGUGGCUCCUACGUCGUCACACCCUUGUACAUCAAGGAGAUCAGUGAGGAUACCAUCAGAGGAACUCUUGGCAGCUUAGUGGUUCUCUCGCAGAACUUGGGCAACCUGUUCGCGUAUGUCAUGGGAGAGUACCUGAGCUACCAUGCGAUGCUCUGGGUGUGUCUGAUCGUGCCCAUCCUGCAUUUGGUGUUGUUCAUGGCUAUGCCUGAGACGCCGUCGUUUUUGCUGAAGAGCGGGAAGGUUGAGGAAGCUCGAGACGCGCUAGCUUGGCUAAGGUGCCGAGCGCCGUCCGAGCCUGCGGUGGACAACGAGCUACAAAACUUGCUGCUUGAGUUGGAACAGAGCAAGUCGGGCAAGAUGAGCGCUGCACUCAAAACUCUUGUAACCGACCGCAGUACGUUUAGAGCGUUCCGCAUAGUGCUCAUCAUCACAGUGGCUCGAGAGUUGUGUGGCUGUCUAGCUGUGCUGCACUUCGCAUCGCUCAUCUUCAGCAAGGCCAGUGCAGGCUGCCUGCUCACUGCCAACCAACAAGCAGCUAUACUGGGUCUUGUACAGUUUGUGGGAUCCUGCACCGCUUCUAGCCUGGUGGAAAGGACUGGGAGGAAGCCACUUCUCGGCACAACAUGUCUGGUCUCUGGCAUAGCCAUGUGUGCCCUCGGCGCGUGGUUCUACGCCCACAUCGGCGCUGACACUGAGACCGCAUCCUGGCUGCCUAUAGUCGCACUGUGUCUGUGCAUAUACUGCGACGCAGCUGGCCUACAGCCCGUGCCGUUCGUGAUUAUGACCGAGAUGUUCUCAUUCCAGCUCCGUGGCACAGUAACAGCGAUAGUAAUCGCGUUCGCUUGCGGUCUCAUGUCCGUGGAACUCCGAGUAUUCCAUCCGAUCGCAUCAUCAGUGGGACUCUACCUCAUCUUCUGGCUGUUCUCAGGAGUUUGCCUAAUCAGUACUGUGUACAUCGCAUGCGUAGUUCCAGAAACCAAGAUGAGGUCCUUAGACGAGAUCUACGCGGAAAUCGGAGGCAAGGACACUAAAGUGAAAAACAAAGAAAAAGACUGUGAAGCUGACGUCACAAAGCUGUAGACUAUCACAUGACGUCACAAGUCAUGUUUGUAUUAUUUUGAAGUUAAGUGUCAAAGUAUUCGUUCAAGUUCGGUUAGAUUUGAAAGUUAUUGGUACGGCUUAACAGUGAUAUUUUGCACUUUAUGUGUGUAGGCAUAGGAUUUAUUUUUAAGUAUUCUGAAUACGACGAACUCAGUGAGUUUUUUUAUGUAGGUACUUAUCUUGUUUAAUUAUUUAGGCUGUCUAAGUUAUACGUGUAGGAUGUAAAGAUUUUGUAUUGUAGAUUAGAUUAGAAUAGUAAGUAGAGUAAAACAUAUAAUAAUAUUUAUAAAUGAAUACUCAGCUUUGUACUUAUAAGUACUUAGUUUAGUGUAUUAAUAAUACUUAAUUUUUUUAAAAGUCCCGCCAUUUUAAAUUAUAUUAGUGUGCCAUAAAACUUUAUUCAAUGGCCGAAAAAUGAUUUAAGGCUAUAAAAGUUUAUAGGGCUAAUUUGUUCACGAUUACCCUUAGGUCCAAGCAUCAUACCUAUAGAAAUUGUAAAAAAACAGGACCCAGAAUGGGGCCCUGAGGUACCCCACCUGAGACCGUGUGGCACCGGUCUUUCGUCACCAUUGAUGGUAAUUAGGUCCAAGAGGAAGUAGGAUUUCUAUAACCCUUAGUAGAUUGCAUUGGUAACUUACAGAAAAGCGAAUGAUAUUACAUAUACGUAUGUAAUGUGCCAUUUCAUUUAGUAUAUUUUUCACAAUAUCUAAUAAGUUACUGUUAUCAUAACUGUUCCAUCUCAUAAGGAAAAGUGAAAUUAUAAAAUUGUGAAAUAGAUCCAUAGUAUUUUUUAAUUUUCUCUUAUUUAUAAACUCGAUAAUGUAAUUGUGAGUUGUAAGUAACACCUGUAUUACGAAAUUCAACCUAAUUUGCUUAGGAAUUGAGGGCAAAGUUACAUGUACCGAAUAUUGUUACUAAUGCAACAUUGCUAUACAAACGAUGUGUAAAGAAAUUGAGUUUCAAUUGGUUGUCAUUUUAUUUAUUUAUAUUAUCGUCAAAAUUAUAUGAAAAAGAAUCUCGUUAUGUAAUAUUUUUGUUACUUAGAAAUAAAUAAGUAAAUUAUGUAAA